GAAAACCAACCUCCUACGCCUCCUCCUCCCCUCUCCUCUCUCUCUCUCCAUCCAUUUAUAACUUUUCUCAACUUAUUGCAGAGGCAAAAGAGCAACAGCCCCUGGAACAAAAGAUAAAAAUUCAAAAAAAAAUUUCUGGGUUUUUUGUUUUUUCUUACUUUUAACACCGCCAACAACAAUGAGCUACUACAACCAGCAGCAGCCCCCUGUUGGUGUUCCUCCACCUCAGGGUUAUCCACCGGAAGGAUAUCCUAAAGACGCUUAUCCACCGCCGGUAUAUCCACCGCAGGGAUACCCUCCACCUCAGGGGUACCCCCAAGGGUACCCUCCUCCCUACGCCCCUCAGUAUGCCCAGCCUCCCCCCCAACAACAACAAAGCAGCAGCAGUGGCUGUAUGGAGGGCUGUUUGGCUGCUCUGUGCUGUUGCUGUCUGCUCGAUGCCUGCUUUUGAUUGGAGUUCUCGAUCAAAAAUAUGAAGUGAAAAGUGAAGUCCAUUUGAUUGGAUUGUGAAUAAAAUUUGAUUCCCUGAUUUGGGUUGUCAAAUUUUUCUCUGUUAUAUUGGCUGUUUUUCAUUUUUUUCCUUUUCGAUUGUGAACAAAAUUCGAUUCCCAGUUUUUUUAUAUAUAAUAUGAACUUCUGCUUGAAUGUUACA